UGUUCUCAGCGUGAGCUACGUAAUAGACUUUAAAUUAGUGAAGAAUUCCGUUGUUUUCAGUACUCACUUUUGUGAUUGUUGUGUUUGUAGGUAGUAUGGGAAACGGUUUUAUUGUACUACUCUGCAUAAUACAGCUGUCUUUUGCCCAAGGGAAAGUGUCGUUUGGGCGUGGACCAUCGUGCAGAACUUCUACCGGAACGCAGGGAUGGUGUGUGGGUUUGAAACACUGUCCCAAGCUGAAGGUGAUCGACGAGAAACCGUACAUAAGUCGUCACGACAUGCAUCUGCUUAUUGGUGCUUCGGGCGCGUGUCCAGUGAAUUCGGAGCAAUAUUGCUGUGCCGAAGCAGACAUUCGUCGGCGCAGCAGGACCACGGUGAAGGUACCGAUGCCAGAACCGGACGAGGACAAUUCCAUACUCGACUCGGACAGCUGUCUGCAGACGCACCUCGGAAUGGACAGUGGAUCGAUUGGGCGCGCAUCGCUUGAUUCUUCGUUUGGUGUGUUUAUAGCCUACAAGGGUAGGAGAAGUCGAUGCGCGGGAAGCUUGAUUACACCCGAGUAUGUACUAACAGCGGCACAUUGUGUUAAGAAACCGCAAGGGAUGUUGUUGUAUGUCAGUGCGCUGCACGUUAAGCACGACACAGUGUCGGGUGGUUACCAGGGAGAUGUUGAGCCAAUGUACGUGCGGGAGGCAAUUAUUCACGAGCAGUACAACACCACCACACGUGAUCAUGAUAUUGCGUUGCUGCGGCUCAACGGAAGCAUUACGCCGGAAGGUAACUCACCCAGCCCGAUCUGUAUUCCGAUGGGAAAGAAGCAUGAUCCAGUUGCUUCCGUUGGAUACACACUUAGCUGCUUCGGUUGGGGUCUUAAUGCUUACGGAAAGCCCAAUGACAGCAAGCAGUGGAUGACACUGGAACGUAUCUCGCUGGAACUGUGCCAGGCAAGGAUGGACUCGUUGAGAGUGGCCCUGGCCGGGAGGGUGAUCAUUUCGGAACGAAAUAUCUGCACUAUUACCAUCACUGGGAAUGACGCAUUUUCGGGCUUUUCCGGGGGUCCGCUGAUGUAUCGGAAGGAUGGCACCUGGUACUUGAUUGGGUUGAUUAAUUAUGGAGUCGGUGCCACGAGCAGUGAGUUCCCGGUAGUUUCCUUAAACGUUCAACAGUACACGGACUGGAUCUUGGACAACAUUCAACAACGGCACUGAUGCUUCCAGCUGCUGUGAUAGUAUUAUGUUUGUAGUGCGACACACACACAUAAACCUUCCCUU